AUGUCACCGAGCCUGGAGCUGCAGGCCGGCUCGCUGCAGACGCCCCUGGAGGGGCCUUCGCUAUCGAGCUUCCACGGCAUGCCAUCCUGCAACUGCGAGGUCUCAGCUGACCUUUGCUACUGGAGGUUCGGAUUAGGAUACAAAGGACUCCGUUGCUAUCAGGUUUUCCAGAAACGGCCAUCCACCAGCGUCGCCGUGGUGCAGAUACGUCUCUGGCAGUCGGGUGCCUACCAGGUGCCGGUGCUUCGUGGCCGCAUCGGUACGCCCCUGGAGAUCUCGGAACUAAAGGAGCAUAUCCCAGGCUUCCGCUGGUACAAGGACCAGGACGACUCUGACCAGGCCCUGAAACUGCCUGUCUUGGAGAACAUCUCCUCGGGUGCACGUUUCGAAGUUUCGCCUGCCAUGAGCCCCGAGAUCCUAGACGUGCAGUGCCGCGAUGCCAGCAACGCCACCUACUCGUGGUCCCGCAUCACCGGCGGCAUCACCCGCAAUGGGCAGGCGGCUUUCAACUUGGAUCCCUUCUCGGGGCUUGCCUCUGGCACUCCUAGCUUGGACCUAUCUGCUGAGGGGCGCGGGAGGCUUCAGAUCAACUGUGGAGUGGCACUGGGCGGGCAGUUGCAUGACAAGGUCUUACCAGUGGCGAAGCUUACGGUUGACGUGGUGGACAACAUGUGCUGGGUUCCCACCAAUAUCUCCGGAUGGUUCGGCUGGAAGGACCUGCCGUCAAAGAGCGCUUGCCUUGCCCUCUGCCGCGAGGGGGCAGACUGCGCAGCGGUCCAAAUUGGGAGCGGCACAUGCCGGGCUGUCGUCAGUGACGGCGAGAAGGAGCCUUUCUCUCAGCAGGUGCUGAUGCGCCUGGAGAAUUGCUCCGAGGAGGAUACGGAGCUAAACCUCACGGUCAAGGGCGCUUGGUACGUUCAAGGGGCCUGUGCAUCAUCGAAUGUCUUCCAGGACCGGGUAUCCUAUUCGCGCGCGGGGGCCACGCCCGAGUUGCAGAUCCACCUCGUGCAGCAGGAAUUCGUGGUAGCAAACCCAAAGGCCUGUGAGAACGCUUCCUGGCUAUUGGUGCACACGAACUCUUCGGACUUCCAGAAUGGGAGUGUGGACGCUCCGGAGUUCUUUGGUGCAGCGAUGGCCUGUACCAGCGAUGACACAAAGCCUUUAGACACGGGUAUGAGAAUUUUGCGAUGGAAUUUCGUCUUCGGUACCUUGGAGGACCUCGAGCACUAUUCCCUGCAUCCGUGUGAGUGCUUUGGCGAGUCGCAUGCUAACGCAGCACCAGUGGUCGAGUCUUCUAGUGUUCAAGUUCCUCGAAGUCGCGGCUUCAACACGGGAACAGUCAAGGACCAGCUGAUCUUCUCAGGGCCCUACACAUGUGAAGAUACGGCGGUCCUGUCCCAGGCCUUCUCUACAACACUUGCGAAUUGCGCGGCCCUGUGCCGUGCUGAUGCCACAUGUGCCUUUUAUCAGUUGGCUACAGUUGACGACACCUGCACGCUCUUGGAGCGUUGCGAUUACAUCCAGCAGGUUGACGUUCAGCUGACGGGCGAGCUGUAUGGCAUCCCGCUCAAAGGUGACUUCUGCCUCAUCGCCAACCCUGAGCAGUGCUGGCAGCAGAUUAAUAGGCCGGAGCUACUUGAGUCUGACACCUUCGAAUGCUGGCAGCUGCCAACGCUGCCAGUACAUCAAUGCAGCGAAUAUGCCACAAAGGGCAUUCAAAAGGUGCCUUUGCCAUCGGAGUUCCCUAGCGCGUCGCAGAUCGCCGUGGGCUGCAACUCCACUUCCCGCAUGUUCGGCAGGCUGGAGGAGAGCCUGAAAUGGGAGGGCCCCCGCCCGACGACCAUUUUCACCUGCGUUAGCGGCCAGUGGGUCGGCGAGCUUGGAUCAUGGCAGAGCCUUGGAAACCUGAGCUGCCAGCAAUGUAUCCAGGUCGGGACGCCCAGCCUUGGGAACUUCUCCAACUUCGACAUUCCAGAGGUCUAUUUCUUGGAGCACCGGCUGGUUCAGGUCACCCAGGCAAGUUCUUCGGGCCAGGGCUGCCCGACCGCAAGCUGGCAGACGCGGUCACCGCUGGUCCUGCAGUUGGAAGGCCACGAUGGCCAGCGCCUCCUCCGCGCAUCUCCGCGCUUCGAAAAUCUGGUCCUGAAGCCCACCUGCUCCGAGGCCGAGGAGGAGACCCUCUUCUGGCAGGAUGCGAGCACUAUGCAGGAACGUUGCCUGCAGUUGCGCCACGAUUCGCUCUCACUCGUUGACUGUGGUGCAGAUACCCUGCGCCUGGAAAGGCAGAAGCUCCUGGCAGACGCCGGCUACAUCCGGGUAGAGGCCGAGGCUAAUGGCUCGCAAGUCAAAGCCGCCUUCGCGCGUUGCUCGGUGAGACUGAGGUCACCCCUGUUCCUCAUUUUUGCAGUCUCAGUCAACCUUUGA